AGCGGAGCCCUCUUCAACAUGUCGCGCGACCUGCAGGAACGCGAUCCAACAACCAAUUGUCACGUCUCCGAAAACACAAACGCGGAACACAUGAGCUCCAAACGGGAUCAGGCUGGUCAGCAAAGAUGGGGUGAAGAUGGCGAGGAUGGGCAUUUAAUCGAGGCCCCCCCCCCCCCGAUUAUCGCUUCCCGUCGCCGCCAUGCUUCUCAACCAUGUCGGAGCCCGCCCUUCCUUCGCGAGUACGACGUUUUGACCCGGUCCAGCUGGACGCGCUCUGCUUUACCUGGAACGAAGGCUUUGAUUCAAUCACGAAUCUUGGUACUAUGACCGCCGUUUACCAAGCAAUUGAGCAAAGGUUAUGAAAAAAGGAUGUCCCGCGUUUGAAUAAGAAACACGACGGAGAGCUGGUGACAGGCUUGCACAUCCAAUCGGCUAGCCGGUCCAAAAUGGAGGAACUCGCUGAACACGAGAUCUCGUUUCUAGAGGGGCUCGCCUUUACUGGACUGCACAACGAUGUGGUUGAGUUUGACCAGAAUCUUCUCAAUGAAGCGUUCGAACGCUUCGCACCACCCCUCCUGUCCGACAUAACCCUGCCACGCCUCUCCUUUCUGCGGACAUCAGGCCUAUCGUCGGAGAUCAGCAACCAAAGCUGCCAUUUCCUGCAUCUAACCUACCAAGAGUAUUUUGCGGCGCGUUAUUUUGUACGACAGUGGAAGGCAAGCCUACCCAAUACCUGGCUGCCCGCCAGUGGGGAUACUCAAGACGCUGGUCCUACGCCCAUCGAAUAUCUCAGGAAGCACAAGUACAUAGCACGGUAUGACAUCCUAUGGCGCUUCUUAGCCGGUUUGCUUGACGCAGAUGGCAAGGCGAAGGAGUUCUUCGACGUGAUCGGAAAGGAGCCGGUCGACCUCUUGGGCCUAACGCAUCAAAGGCUCGUCAUACAUUGCUUGAGUGAGGUGCAGGCUCUGCCGCAAUCGAGUUUUACACCGGUUCGGACAAGACUUGAGGAUGACCUGGUGGAAUGGCUGUUGUUCGAGUGCAAAUGCCGGAACGAGUCGUCUUUGGCACGUGAAAUGGAGCUUCCGCCGCUGGUCUUAUGCAGGGCAAUGCAAUCGGCAACCGAUGACGGCCGAGGCAAGUUUGUCAAAGCCUUGACAAAACGACACAGCGUCCCGACGUGCGUAGCCGAUCUGCUAGCAUCUUGGCUGGAACCUCAUGCACCGAGGGAGCUGAUAAGGAGGAUCUUGGCCAUUCUGGGUCGACAUUCAUUCCUAUCAGACGAGUUACUCACGCGGGUAGCGGCGGGGCUCAAUGAUAGCGACUGGCGGAUCCGACGAGAGGCGGUCCAGGCGCUCACGAGCUGAUGACCAGUACAGACCCGACAGUUGGUGGGACGGCCGGCUUCCGCAAACUGAGCCCCGGUAGGACUAGCCAUCCCACAGCCUGAAUAUGCGGUUCGUUGUGGCCGAGAGCUAUGCGUCGGUCGCUCAGCGUGGGACGCUGGUCCAAGGUCGCGGAGGUUAAAAGACCAUGCUCCCUCGCUUCUGGCCGUCUCCUGUUUCCUCGACCAUACAGUAUUUCCAGUCAGACCCUGCGAAGCGGGUACAGAAACAUGGCAC